AUGUGGCUUCAGAAGGGCUGCCUGUCGCUGCAGUACAGUGGCAAUAUCAUGCUGUGCCGCUGGUCAGCACAUAAUGUGAUUGGGGUGAGAGCGGUGGUCGUCCGGAGGGUCAGGCCUGGGCUGGGACCUCCAGGUCAGGGGCGACACGAGGCUAAUGAUGCCCACAGAGCCUGCUCCGAGAUGGGCAUGGACCCUCGGGCUCUUGGGGUCUCCUGGAGGUCUCCCCUAAUGUGA